UGGAUGCAGGAGAGCUCCGUAACUAGCCAAUCGUGGCACAGGAGGGCGGGGCUUGCUAAAAAUCCGGAAGUAGGGAGUAAAUGAACGCGUCCCGAGCGGAGGGGAGUUCCAACAUGGCGUCGAUGCAGAAAAGGUUACAGAAGGAGCUGUUGGCGCUGCAGAGCGACCCUCCUCCUGGGAUGACGCUAAAUGAAAGAAGCGUUCAGAAUACCAUCACAGAGUGGUUUAUAGACAUGGAGGGGGCUCCUGGGACGCUGUACGAAGGCGAGAAGUUUCAGCUCUUCUUCAAGUUCAGCAGCCGCUACCCCUUCGACUCUCCUCAGGUCAUGUUUACCGGCGAGAACGUUCCGGUCCAUCCACACGUCUACAGCAAUGGACACAUCUGUCUGUCCAUUUUAACAGAGGACUGGAGUCCGGCCCUUUCGGUUCAGUCCGUGUGUCUGAGCAUCAUUAGCAUGCUGUCCAGCUGCAAAGAGAAGCGACGCCCCCCUGAUAACUCGUAUUAUGUACGGACGUGUAACAAAAACCCAAAGAAGACAAAGUGGUGGUAUCACGAUGAUAAGUGUUAGAGACUCAGUCCGGGUGUGAACAGACUCACAGACGGUACACCUGCACUUUUUCAAAUCUUCGGUCCCGGCACUGAGUGGACCUCUUUGGAGAAACAGCGUUUUGGGAGCGUGAGACUUCAGGAGGCCGGGAAAAAACAACACCUGUGGGAAUGUAAAACUCCAGGUGUGCACAGGGAGACGCGAGGGCGACUGCCGUCAGGAGAGGGCUAUACACAGCGGAAUCAGCGCUGGUUCUUUUUACCUCUUUUCCACUGACCUAGUGGAGCUGGUGCUGGAGG